AUUGAGAAAUGAUAAUUUGAAUAUGUAUAAGUAUUCGAUAGAAGUAUUUGUGCCGCGCAGCUCGGUCCUAAUGGAUGUGUAAUCAUACGCAACCGUGGUGUUCAUUGGUUGAAUGUUUGGAAUUAAGUUUGUGAUCAUUCAACAACACAGACUCCUUGAUCAAUUAUUGAGCAGGACUGUGUCAGAUUUUGUCCAUACGUGAUUGCUGGUGUAUCUGUGUUCUUUGAUAGACUUUGAUCCGAAGUUACGUGGAACGUAAUGGAGAUAACUUACAUCAACUUCCAGUGACGUCACUCUUCGAACAUUCUACUUCCGGUUAAAGAGCUCGUGAUAAAGUCAUUAACGUUUCCGUCCUCAUUUAUGAGCAUGAUUUCAAUAUUAUUUCAUAUGAAACUUGUCGAUGAUUGCUUCUACAACAUAAGAGAUUACAGGGAUAUUUAAACGACAAUAUUGCUUGUUUACACUCUUCAAUAACAGUAUAGCUUGUGGAAACUAUUAACAACAACUAUUAACGGAGGGUCAGUAAUGAUAGAAUGGAAAUAGUCAUUUUUUUCGUCAUACGAGGCAUUAUGUUUACAACAAAUAUUUAGCUGCGAUACAUAAGCGGUGUUACCUCCAAAUAACGAGAAUGUAUGCCACAGUGUACAACAAUACUGCCAGCCACGAGCUAAGGCUCGCGAACCUGAACUCGCAAUUUGCUCUCUCCCUCAUUGUGAUUGAUAUUAUUCUCGGGUUCUAUUUCGUGUUUGGAGUUUUAGGAAACGCCAUUGUUAUUUACAUAUACAGCUUCCGUCUACGGGUAAAGUUAGAUGAUAAAUUUUUCAUCCUCGUUCUUGCUAUCAUGGACAUCAUCGUUUGCGUCACAGGUCCCUCUUUCUGCAUUGUGCGCAACGUGUUCCCAAUUUACAUGGAUAUGGACCUCAUCUGUAAGAUGUCAUGGUUUUUCACGCGCAACAUGAAUGGAGCGUCCGGUCUGUUAAUUCUCGUGAUCGGGCUUCAGCGAUUCCUGAAGGUGUGCCGACCAUUUGGAAGACAGAUGACGAAAAAAUACAAAGUAAUGGCUCUGAUAGGGACAAUCUGUGUUACAAUCGUCAUCCAUACACCUCUAUUUAUAUUUUACGGCAUCACCGAAGUUCCGUUUAAAGACAAAGGCAUAACAGGAAGACGGUGUGGGCUUAUUCACGGACAAAGUGAAACGCUUGAUUUCUAUGGAAAAUUCUACUUGUAUUUUAUGUUUGCAAGCGCUGUAUUGACCAUGAUCGGAAUAUGCAGUUUCUAUGUCGCAACAGGUAAAAAGAUCUACAUGCACAUUAAACGUAUCGGAGAAAUGCCUGCAACGCACGCUUCUUUUGACACCAAUUCAACUCAUGACACAGGUGUGAAGUCGGACCAUGAACCAGAUUUAUCUACGAGGCGUAAAUCGUCCAAGAACAUCAACAUUCGGGAUGUAAAUCGUCGUAGAUCUACAAGCGCUUCCGUUCGCUCCAAAAAGACGCCAUUUUCUGUACACAGGUAUUCGAUCAUGUUCCUGAUAAUCUCUCUACUCUGUGUGCUUACCUAUGUUCCUGCCCUCGCCACCAAUCUGGCCGUCGAUGUGGACUCCGUGGAGUUCUGGACAGAAUUUUCCGAUACGGAGAGACAAGUGUACCUAUUCGUGUUCCAGAUGUAUCUUUUAAAUCAUGUUGUCAAUCCAAUCAUUUACACCUGUUUUGAUACUAAGUUCAGACACAAAGUAAAGGAGAUAUUUUGUUAGCUAUGACGUUUUACGGAAUAUAGUGUCUAUCGACAGAACAUAGCCAGUCAAAGAAAUUGUUUGGAUUUAAGCAAUCCUUACCAAGGUAAUCACUUGUGCAUAACUUAAUGUUAUAAUACCUAGAAACUUUAGCCAUCCUCUCAGUCCUUUGUACCGUUAUUUUUAAUGAAGCUUGUCUUUUAAUGAUUAUCAUGUUUUUCUUAUGUGGUUCAUUUGCACUUUAUUUGUGGCAUACCGUAUCUAUUACCACAUUAUUUAGGUGCAUCAUGUGUGAUUAUCUUCAGUUUUAUUUUUCCGUAAAUGUAGCUUAACAAAAAUAGUCCUUAUUAGGAAUGUUGCGGAUGUUGAAAUCUGAACAAACGGGGUUUUAAUACCGAUGUAAACCGAAGUAGACAAGCUCUAUUGAGAAUUUACAGACUAGCACAGGACCCAGUUACUAUAUGUAUUCAUUUGCACAGGGCUUAGUCAUUAUCAAUGGCAAUUAGCAUAAGGACCUUCUAAAUUGUGAUCAAAGGUACAGCGGCCUGACGGACCUGUGACCUUUAGCACAGGGCCUGUCAGUAUCCGUGUUCAUUAGCACAGAGUUGGGAUGCAUAUUAGCCCAGUUGUAUUUAUCUGGGUAAGCAUAAUGUUAAAUACGUCUUAUUUUCUUUUUAACAUCAGUACUUGUGAAUACAUAAUGUUUGAGGGUGAUCUUUAAAAUCGAGGACAUGUAUAUUUUGUAUUCUGAUUUUAUUAACUGAUACUAGUUUUACGUUAGCGUGUCUUGUUAUGAAGUUUGUCCUCAUUUUUAAAUUUCGACAUUUUUCUACCCAAAACUAGUUUUGUUUUUUGUUUGUUUUGUUUUUGCUUAUUAAAUAGAUUUAUUUUCUCUAAACCAGGGAUGUCCUGCUCAUACACUUAUAAACAAAAGCAAGGUCAAAGAGACUAAGUUCAAAGGUGAAGGUAACAAAAGGUCAUGAAACAUGCUGUCUCCAAAGAGUUCAAAGUCACAAGAAUAUCGUGUAACAUGUUCUGUCCAUUAAGGCACUUAAACAUGUGAAGUGGAGUGAAAACAACUGCAGCACCAAGUCCAUAACUGACCAAAAUGCAAAGUCACAGAGAGGUCAAGAUAUGUGGUUGCGUGAUCCUACGUGUUGUAGAGUCCAUAAUUGACCUUAACGCAAAAAAUGUAACCAAAGUUUCAGAGGUCAAGGUCAAGGGUCGAGGUCACGACAAUGCCAUACAACUUGUUCUACUCAUAAUUGUUCAUAAGCACGUUAACUUUAGUGGGACUAGCGUCAGUACUCCGUUCAUAAUUCUUCUAAACGAAACUAUUCAACCGGCUUCUGCAUACUCAACUGGCUUCUGCAUACUCAACCGGCUUCUGCACGUACAGUACGGACAAGGGUAACACUAUAUGACCCGCAUCACUUCGAGACGGGGCAUUUCUACCACAUCUGCUCAAUUUAGAAUUCUUCCGCGAUAUGUAAUUCUAAAAUGGAUGUUAACUUAUUACAGGUGGUCAGCUUUACGAACCCUCAGAAAUGGUUAAAAUCGAACAAUAUCAAAACAUUUAAAGUAUAUUGAAUAAAAUGUGUGUAUGGACUGUAAAUGGUACGUGUUUUUUGAAUAAUUGAUAACAAACGUACCACCUCAACCAAUUUCCUACGCGGCCUUAAAUCGGAAUUUGUAGUACAACGAUGUCAAUCAACGGACAAGUGUCAAGUCAUGUUGUAAAAAGAAGUUCCAAAACUUGUCAUCGUUGUAAAGGUUUAACAACCGCGCUAAAUUUCAACCCAAUGGUAAGUCAUAUCUAAAGACCCUAAUUAAGCAUUGGAACUCAGAUGUGUAGUUUUGGCAAGUUGAACUUGUACUUUUGUUAUUAAAAUGGUACAUGGGGACGAUAUAUAGUCUGUUUACAUUUUUCGUGAUAAAGGACAUUUAAUGUAUGGCUAUGUUUACGUCAUACUCUGAACUGUCACUGUACCCAAAAACGGGACAUUUUUACGAUGAAUCAAUUCCAAAAUGUUUGUUCGCUUUUCAUUUUACGACACGUGAUUCUAUAAAUAGAACGCUAAAUUCUAUCAGGGUCAUGUAGGCCCUUGAACAGGUGUAACUGUACCCAGAAAUGGUCUUUUGACUAACAUUUGGUGAUAAACAAUAUCAGCAGAAAAUAACACACAUUUCAUAUAAU